UCACAUUUCGUCACCCACAGACAUAUAUACUUAGAUUGAAGCUAAAGCUGCAGUCUCCGUCUCUUCGCUUCUAGGGUUUCAUCAACCAAAUUCGCUUUCGCCGCCUUUCCACAAGCAAUCAUGGUGCUCCAAAACGACAUCGAUCUCCUUCAUCCGCCACCUGAGCUUGAGAAGAGAAAGCAUAAGCUCAAGCGUCUCGUGCAAUCUCCCAACUCCUUCUUCAUGGAUGUUAAGUGUCAGGGAUGCUUCAACAUAACCACUGUGUUCAGCCAUUCUCAAACUGUUGUGGUAUGUGGAAACUGUCAGACAGUUCUGUGCCAGCCCACCGGUGGUAAAGCGAGGCUACAAGAGGGAUGCUCUUUCAGGAAGAAGUGAGAUUGAGAUCUCACGAAUCAUUCAUCCGUUCGCAGAUGUUUUGCUUUAGUAGUUUUGAUAUCUAUGACGUUUUUCUGCUUAUGAGAAGAUUUUGAAUGCAUGAUAAAACUACUAGCUGAGUAAUUGUUCAGAACUUGGUCUUGUUGAAACAGAAUAUGCUUUCAUUUUAAGUUUAAAUCUUUCUCGGAUUGCAUCAGUUGUCUGGCUUCUUGUUCAUGUUUACAAUUCUUUAAUUUGAACAAACAACCUUGGUUAAAUUUUAAUGACUUGUGCAAAAGAAUUGUAAUAUUGCUAUCUAUGACUAGAAGAUACUCAGACUUGACUUAACAUGAGAUAUUCGGCC